AUGCCGAACUUUACAACGGAGCAGAUCCGGACCAUCAUGGAUGCGACAGACAGUAUCCGCUCCAUGUCUGUCAUCGCACACGUGGACCACGGGAAGUCCACGCUGACGGACUCCCUCAUUUGCAAGGCUGGCAUCAUCUCUGCAAAAGCAGCAGGAGAUGCACGCUUCACCGACACAAGGGCAGACGAGCAGGGCGCCAAGCCGCAUCUGAUCAACCUCAUCGACUCCCCUGGCCACGUGGACUUCUCUUCUGAGGUCACGGCCGCCCUCCGCAUCACUGACGGCGCCAUGGUCGUCGUCGAUUGCAUCGAGGGCUGCGCGGUGCAGACGGAGACUGUGUUGCGCCAGGCACUGGCGGAGCGCGUGAAGCCGUGCUUGUUUGUGAACAAGGUGGACCGCUGCAUUCUGGAGUUGCAGAUGGAGCCCGAGGACAUGUAUCAGCGCUUCCGCAAGGCAAUCGAGGAUGUGAACGUGAUCAUUGCAACAUACAACGACGAGCUGAUGGGAGACAACCAGGUGAACCCUGACAAGGGCACGGUGGCCUUCGGGAGUGGCCUGCAUGGAUGGGGGUUCAAUGUGGAGCGUUUCGCGAAGAUCUACGCCGCGAAGAUGGGAGUUGACAAGGACAAGAUGAUGAAGCGCUUGUGGGGAGAGUCCUAUUUCAACGCCAAGAAGAAGACUUGGACCAACGUUAUGCAGCCCGAGGGGUGCGACAAACCGCUUCCUCGAGCUUUCUGCCAGUUCAUCAUGACCCCGAUCAACCAGCUGAUGCGUGCGAUCAUGGAUGACCAGAAGGACAAGUACUCGAAGAUGAUGGAGACGCUCGGCAUCGUCCUCAAGGGCGAUGACAGGGCCCUGACUGGCAAGCCUUUGAUGAAGCGCUCGAUGCAGAUUUGGAUCAACGCAGCCGACACGCUCCUCAACAUGAUCGUCUCCAAGCUGCCGUCCCCUCGUCAGGCGCAGAAGUACCGCGUGGAGAAUCUGUACGAGGGGCCCAUGGACGACGCAGCGGCGAACGCAAUCCGCGCCUGCGACAAAGAUGGAGGGCUGAUGAUGUACGUGUCCAAGAUGGUGCCCACCAGCGACAAGGGCCGCUUCCACGCCUUCGGCCGCGUCUUCAGCGGCACCAUCGCGACCGGGCAGAAGGUGCGAAUCCAGGGCCCGCACUACACGCCAGGAAGCAAGGAGGACCUCAACGUCAAAAGCAUCCAGCGCACCGUGCUGAUGAUGGGCAGGUCCGUCGAGCAGAUCGCCGAUGUCCCUUGCGGCAACACCGUGGCCCUGGUGGGUGUGGACCAGUACCUCCUCAAGUCUGGGACCAUUACCACCAUCGAGGACGCCCACAACAUCGCCGAUAUGAAGUACAGCGUGUCGCCCGUGGUCAAGGUGGCUGUGAAAGUGAAGGACGGCAAGGACUUGCCCAAGCUUGUUGAGGGCCUCAAGAAGCUCUCCAAGUCCGACCCGCUGGUUAUCUGCACGACCGAGGAGAGCGGGGAGCACGUGAUCGCUGGCUGCGGCGAGCUGCACGUCGAGAUCUGCCUCAAAGACCUCCGCGAGGAGUACGCGCAGUGUGAUUUCAUCGUCUCCGACCCCGUCGUCUCCUACCGCGAGACCGUUUCCGAAACAUCCACGCAGACGGCCUUGGCCAAGUCACCGAACAAGCACAACCGUAUCUACCUGGAGGCGGAGCCGAUGGCAGAAGAGAUCAGCAAGGACAUCGAGGACGGCAAGCUCGGCCCCAAGGCGGAUGCGAAGGAGCGCGCGAAACUCUUCCGUGAGAAGUACGACUGGGACGAGUCCGCGGCGCGCAAGAUCUGGUGCUGGGGUCCAGAGACCGAGGGCGCAAACGUUGUCGUUGACGUCACGCAGGCCAUCCAGUACCUCCUGGAAAUCAAGGAGCACGUGAAUAGCGCCUUCCAGUGGGCCACCAAGGAGGGCCCCCUGUGCGAGGAGAACAUGCGCGGCAUCCGUUUCAAUCUCACAGACUGCACCCUGCACACCGACUCCAUCCACCGCGGCGCAGGGCAGAUCAUGCCGCCCACGCGACGCGCGUGCUUCGCGGCUGAAAUGCUCGGCAAGCCGACGCUGCAGGAGCCCGUCUUCCUCGUGGAGAUCACCUGCCCCCAAGAGGCAAUGAGCGGCGUGUACAAUUGCAUGAAUCUGCGCCGCGGCUGUGUGUUCGAGGAGAACCCUCGCGAAGGCACGCCUCUGAUACAGGUCAAGGCGUACCUGCCGGUGUCCGAGUCCUUCGGCUUCGUCUCUGCGCUGCGGCAGGCGACCUCUGGUCAGGCUUUCCCCCAGUGCGUCUUCGACCACUGGGAGAACAUGCCAGGCAACGCCAUGGAGGUGGGGAGCAAGAUGAACGAGUUGGUCCUGGCCGUUCGGAAGCGCAAGAACAUCAAGGUCGAGAUCCCGGCCCUCCACGACUACCUGGACAAGCUGUGCUCCAUCGCCUCCCUUGUCUGCCUCGCGCUGUGCGCGGUGGCGCGGGGCAGUGUUGUGAACGCCGCCUCGCGCCACCCGGUCGAGAAGGUCAUCGGCCUCCUCAAGGACUUGAUGGCGCAGGCGAACAAGGAGAGCCAGGAGGAGGAGUACUUGUACACGAAGUUUGAGCACUGGUGCACCGGCUCCCAGAAGACCCUCAGCGGAGCCAUCGCCGCGGAGAAGGAGGAGAUCGACAAGCUCCGAGAUGUCAUUGCCGCGAAGACGGAGGAGCUCGAGGUGCUGACGAAGCAGAUCGGGGCGCUCGCGGACCAGCUGACGGAGCUGGAGGGCCAGGACACGAAGGCCGCAGCCCUCCGCGCGAAGGAGAACAGCCUGUACCAGUUCGAGGAGCAGCAGCUGAAGGACACCAUCGAGGGUGUCGCCGGGGCUCUGGCGCUACUGAAGGGGGCCCAGCAGUCGACCGCCAGCGCUGCCCUCAUUGCCAAGGCAAGGGCGAGCGUGCAAGCGGUGAUGGCACUCGUGGAGGUGCACACCACGCAGGAGCAGCAGAGGACCUUGACCGGCUUCGCGGCGACCCCGGAGGAGAGGGUCGACAACCUCACG